AUGUUAUUAUUUCCCUUUUUAUUUAAUACAUUUUUAUUGUCACAAAAUGUAAAUUGUCAAAAUAACCUUCGUAAUAAAAGUCUCAUAAACAAUUACACCCAAAGAAAAAUAUUAAAAUCAAGAUGCUUAGCAGAAAUAGAGAGACCCUUAAAUCCACAUUAUCAAAAUGAUCCAGAACUGAAAAAAAUAAUUGACCAAUUGAACGAGGAAGCCAUGAAAAAAUAUCAACAAUCUAAUGAUACAUAUAAACAAUUACAUGAACUAUUAGAAAAAAAAGAAACAAAAAGUAGAAGUAGAAAUAGUGAACAGGAAAUGUCUAAGAUAGAGAAGGAAUUAUUGAAAAUAUAUGAAAAAAUGUCUGGUGAUGAAAAUCAUAUUAUGCAAAAAUCUGAUAUGUACACCAAUGAAAAUCACAAAUCAAAUGAUAAAAAUGACAAAUCUUGUGAAUGUAUAAAUAAGAAUUCAACCGACAAAUUAUCUUCAACAAAUAAAGUACAUGAUAAUUAUUUAGAUAAUUUAAAAACAGGUUUUGUUGGGGGUUUAGUUGUGUGUGCCCUUUCGUCUGCACUUGUAGGAAAAUAUGGUAUAGCAGCUGCUGCUUCAGCUGCUAAAGGUGUACUUCAAGCUUUCAUAAAUGCGUUGCCCUCUAUAUCAUCAUCCCAAUUGACGAACAUUCUUAAUGGAAUAAAUUUCUUUUAUGAAACUUCAAUAAAAAGUGCUUUUACUUUUGGAGGUAUAACGUCCGUCGAAUAUGAAGGUGCUGCAAGUCUUGCUAGUUCAACUUUUUUACCUUAUGGUAUUGCAAUUAUUGCUAUUAUUGUAUUAACUAUUAUUGUGAUAAUUUUAUAUGUUUGGUUACGCAAAAGAAGAAAAAAUUCAUGGAAACAUGAAUGCAAGAAGCAUUUAUGUACAUAA